AUGAUUUCUUUUACAAAUCCAAAUGCUCAAAGAUAUUUGCGCAGUCAAACAGCACUAUUAAAUGAAAAACGUCGACAUCUUCAAAACUACAAGAACAUAAUUCAUCCAUUUAGUAAUUUUAGAUAUUACUGGGAUAUCUUGCUCAUCGUGGGAAUGACAAUUAUCCUGUUGAUAACACCAUAUCAAGCGGCAUUUAAUAUCACUCAAGAGACUCUCGUUCCAAUAUUCAUUAAAAAUUCUCUACUCCUUCUCUGUUGCGGAGACAUGUUCGUUAAUGUAUCUACCGGGUACUUCGACAAACGUCGAUCUAUCGUCGAGAUGAAACGGAAAAAAAUUAUAGAACGAUACGUAAAACAUGGUACAUUCUUUACCGAUCUUUUUGGCUCUUUUCCAACCGACGUGAUAUUUGUGAAUAUGUGGAACGAAUGCAAAGUAACUCGAAAAAUAGUUUCUUUACUUUGUAUCUUUCGAUUUUUUUCUCUUAAAGCUUAUACCGACAAAUUAGCAUAUACUAAAAAAAUAUCAAUAUCUCAUUACCGCCGCAUUAUUAUAUUUUUUUGGUUGAUCAUUUUCAUUCACUGGCUAUCCUGCAUCUUUUGGCUAGUACCUAUAAUAAUUAUUUCAAUAAAACAACCAGAUUAUACUAGAACCAAUUUUUGGAUUGAUGAUGCUGAUCUUUGGAAUAAGCCCACAGAUACACAGUAUUUCUUUUCAUUACUGCUGACAAUAGGAAAUUGUUUGAGAUCCGGAUUCCUUAAAAAUGAUCGACGAAAUGUUUUUGAUCUCUACGUAAUAAUAAUUGCCCAAAUAAUGGGUACCCUACUUACGUCGUUACUCAUAGCAAGAUUGAUGCAAUAUAUGAAAGGAGCUUACUCUUCAAAAUUUAAAUAUCAAUGUGCCGUUCGUCAAUUGAAACAAUACAUAAGACACAAACAACUUCCACGUCGAACUCAACGUCGAAUAAUUAAUUAUUAUGAAUUUCGUUUUCUACAGCAUUACUUUCGUGAAUCUAAUAUAAUCAAUACGUUGUCAUUACAAUUACGUCAGGAAAUUAUUAUGCUUUCCUGUCAAAAACUCGUAGAAAACGUUAGUUUUUUUGAUAAUCUUCCAUUUGCUCUUUUAAAUCAUAUAGUAACUCUAUUGAAAUCCGAAAUUUUCUUGACGAACGAUGUGAUCGUACGAGCGAACGAACGAGGUAAUUGCAUGUAUUUUAUUGGCAGUGGUACCGUCGCAGUUUAUACGAUUUCUGGUAAAGAAGUUUGCCAUCUUGAGGAUGGUGCUUAUUUUGGUGAGAUUGCUCUCGUAAUGACGGACGAACAUAGAGUUGCCAGCGUAGUUGCUGUUGAGAUUUGCAAACUUUAUCGACUCGAUCGUGUCGAUUUUACUCGUACGAUUCAUCGUUACCCUAUGUUGUGGGAUCAUAUCAAGAAAAUUGCUAUUGAGAGAUAUGAAAGAACUAUGAUUCUUGAUACUUACUAA